CCUCCUCUCGCUCUGGCUCUCGCCGCCUUCCUGUCGCUCCUGUUGAGAAGUUUUUGUGGUCGGACGGAAGAUGGACGCGGUCCGCGGGCGCGCCCCGGGCGUGCUGGUGGCGGUGGCGCACGGUGCGUCGUCGGCGAGCCUCAACAUCAUGCUCAAGUUCCUCAUCAGCAGCCUGCACUUCCGCUUCCUCACCUUGCUCCAGCUGGCCACGUACGCCGCUGCCGCGCUCGGCCUGGAGACCCUCCGGAGGCUCGGGAGGGUUUCCGUGCCCCCGUUCAGCCUCAGCCUCUCCAAGGAGUUUGCGCCGGUGUGCAUCCUGUCGACGCUACAGUCGACGCUGACGCUGUGGUCGCUGCGCGGCCUGAGCCUGCCCAUGUACGUGGUGUUCAAACGCUGCCUGCCGCUCUUCACGCUCUCCAUCGGCGUCUGCGUCCUCAGGAAUGGCGCGCCCUCGCCCGGCGUCAUCGCCGCCGUUGUCAUCACCACCGGGGGCGCCGCGCUUGCCAGUGCGGGAGACUUGAGCGGUGACCCGUUCGGGUACGUGACGGGCGUCCUGGCGGUCGUGGUCCACGCCUCCUACCUGGUUGUUAUCCAGAAGACCAGUCUGGAGAGCCAGCACGGACCGCUCACCGCGCAGUACGCCAUCGCCGUCAUGGCCACACCGGUCCUGCUGGUGUGCACCCUGAUCUCAUCCGACGCCGUGGCCACGUGGUCGUACUCGGGCUGGAGCGACGCUCGCAUCUUAGCCUUGUUCCUGUCCAGUGUGACCUUCGGAUGCGCCAAAAACUUCACCACCUACCACUGCACCUACCUCAACUCGGCUGUCACCACCAGCUUCGUGGGUGUGGUCAAGAGCGUCAUCACCAUCACGGUGGGCAUCAUGGCCUUUGACGACAUGGCACCCACCGCGUUGUUUCUGGCCGGUGUGGUGGUCAAUACGGUGGGCUCCGUCAUCUACUGCGUGGUCAAGUUCUUCGAGAUCAAGAAGAAGGGUUCUUAUGACCACCUGGAGGGCAGCACCGAGGACGGUGCGGCAGCGGCGCCCUCUGGCGAGCCGCACCUCCAGGUGGACGAAGCGGGUGUCGACCGCGAGGUGAGGGGCGCGUCCUCCUGCGGGAUGAAGGAUAAGGACACGGCAGAGAUGCACAAGGAGCACCCCGACAAGGACGCUGCCCUCUUGGGGCAGGCGGCGGGCAACUAUGUCGGCGUGUGGCACUCCAUCAGACAGCUGCACUUUGCCAAGGAUGACGCCCUUGUCGACAACAUGGAGCAGCAGAGCCCCUAACGGUGCUCGUGGUUCCGGAUGACACACUAGCCGGCUGACACGCCUACAUUUGCGUCACUGAAGUUAGCGUCUGCGGGGCUAACUGCACAUUCCUAGCAUGAUUAGAAACAAAAGAAUGCCAAAAAGGAAAAGAGCCAAUCGGGGAAGGUAAAAAAUAAACUUUUUUCACUGGUGAGCAAGCAGUGCUAAGCUACUUGUGGGAUCUGUCGCUUGCGUCUGAGGCGUUUUGGUUUGUGUGUUCGUCAUGUCUGACGUUGGUGAUGUCAAUCGAUGCUCGUUUUCGCUCUUUCUGCUCGUGUUUAUUUUCCAUACGGACGGUGUUAGCUUAGCAUAAGCAGUCUUCUGAGCUUAACCUUCUGUGGCUCGAGAGCUUUUAUUUUUAUGCUAACACGAAGAGGCAUGAUGACCAUGUUAGCGUAAGUGCGCGUGCGCCGCCGAUCCUUCCAUUUAGCGCUCGCUAAUGCUAAUGGAUGAUGACGCGGGAGUCAAAGAAAAUGUAGGAGGCAUGAUGUUGUUGUGUGUGUGUGAGACCUCCUGACAGGUGGCACCCCCCCCCCCCCCCCCCCCAAGCACUGUUACUGCAGGCUUUAACAACAGGAAAUAAGAAGCUAUGAUUGCUAUUGAUUUUUUCCAAAUAUCAUUUUAAGGCAACAAGACGUGCGCGUGCACAUGACGAUGAGCACCAACACUCACAACAUCCAGCCAGCCAACACACACACACACACACGCGCAAUGACCAGUAAGUGUGUGUAUGUGUACACUUGUUCGUUUGUGUUCAUGCCCUUGUAUGUGUGUGUUAGAAUUUGUGUGUGCGCCAGGGUCGUCAGUAGGUUUUAUGGAUAGGGGGGCUUGGCCCCUAAGAGAUGCCCUAACCCCGAGCAAAUGUAGCGCACGAGCACAAAUUUCACAAACAGCUAACGGAAACUGAGAAAUUGCAUUUGAAUGUUUUUGGACAGAAAAUAAUACAAUAUCGAGUAAAAGUUCAAAGUCACCAUUAGAUUUAUAGUGUUAUUUCAGUCUUUUAUUUUGUUAAAUACAGUACACAAACACAGGAAUUAUGUUGACAGCCUU